ACCAGUCGUACUGAAAGGCAUCAUAUCUAAACUACUACAUAGUUGAUUGCAUUAGUCCAAUAAUAACCUACAUAUAUGGACUUUUACAUUUUAGAGACAUAAAAUAGAAUAUGAGUAUAAUUUCCAUUUAUGGGCUGUCUCAAGUAGACAAGGCACUUUUUUUUUAAGUGUAGUCUAGUCGUGUUGCCUUUGAUAUCUGAAAAUGUUCACUGCUUAUAAAGAGUGAUGGAUCUGACUACUGGACUACUGAAUACCGACUCAUAUACAGUAACGCACUUCGCACACGAUCUGACUGGAUAUCAAAUGCACCUUUGUCACAAACAAACAAAAACAAACAAAUUGCAUGUAGGUUUUGCACUGAAGUGAGCUUACCUCAGCUCUGCUCGGAUCUGCGCUGAGCAAAACGGCUGCCAGAAGAAAGAGCGCACCUCUUAAGAUGCGCAUCGCUGCCCUUUACAGAUGGCACAGAAACCACAGCUCGUCCUCUGAUCUGCCCUCCUUAAAUACGUACUUAAUUUUUUUUUUUUUUUGCACUAGAGCUUAAUCUGCAGGUUUUGUCCGCAUCUUUGCUCUCGACGUUAUGCGUUCUGGUUCUGUUCAAACUAACAUCUCCUAGAUGAGUGCAAGUUAACACUCCACCCCUCCACCCCACCCCAGAUCUCCCACCUCCUUCAGCACGUCCGAGCACAGCACAGCACAACCCUGUGUUCCAAACAAACCCAAAGUAUCUGCAAAGUCCGACAGACCCAGCAGAGAUUCACAUUUUCCUCCUAAAAGAAGCAGGACGUCUUUAUUCUUCACCUCUGUCCUCCAACGUGCGCGCGCAGCGCGUUCGCCUUUCCAGGUGAGGAGCGCGAGAGCUGAGGUGGUGUGUGAGCUGACAUGUGCUAACGGUGUUCCUCGGUGAGAGAGAGAGAGAGAGAGAGAGAAUGAAAUGUAAACUGCGGAUGGAGGGAGUGAUGCAGACACAGCACCAGGGGAGAGUGAAAUUCCUAAGGGUUCUUUUGAUUUGUCUCGUCGUCCUUGUCCUGACGUCAGAAGUUAACGCAGGUGGUAAGAAGCACAGUGGGAUAUGUGGGGGCAGAGACUGCAGCGGUGGGUGUCAGUGCUUUCCUGAGAAAGGUGCAAGGGGCCAGCCAGGUCCUCUUGGCCCUCAGGGCCCGGGAGGGCCUCGAGGACGUGUAGGUGACCCUGGCCUGCAAGGUCGUAAGGGAGAGAAGGGUAUCCUGGGUGAGGCAGGCAUCACAGGACCGAAAGGGGCUGAGGGAAUGAUAGGAAGUCCAGGGUUUCCAGGAGCAGAUGGUAUUCCAGGUCACCCAGGGCAACAAGGUCCUCGAGGAAAACCUGGUGCUGAUGGCUGUAAUGGAACCCGGGGAGAUUCUGGAAUACCGGGCCUGGACGGAAUUAGUGGUGUGGCUGGAGAAAAAGGUCAGCCAGGAAGGAAGGGUGAGAAAGGGGACUCCCUGGAAAUUAGCGUUUAUAUGGAGAGAUUUCGGGGCGAGACAGGACUUCCAGGAUAUCCAGGGCCUACAGGCCCUCCUGGAAGCAGAGGGUAUCAAGGAAGACCAGGUCUCAUAGGUGCUCAGGGCGAAAAGGGUUAUAGAGGACCUCCAGGACCAAAGGGCAAUGCAACUAUAACCCAUAAAGGAGACAAAGGAGAACAGGGGGAAGUUGGGGAUCCAGGGCUACCAGGGGAUGAUGAGACGGAGUUGUAUCACCCCGUUCAUGAUGUCACAGGUGAAAAAGGUAUCAAAGGUGAACCAGGAGAUUUGGGGUUUUAUAUCAAAGGAGAGAAAGGAGUUCGAGGAUUUGUUGGGGAACGGGGCUCUCCAGGAAGAGACGGAUUGCCAGGAGAAAAGGGUGAAAAUGGGGAUGUAGGUUAUCAAGGGCGGUCAGGAAGCAAGGGGGAACCAGGAGAAGCAGGAGAGCUGAUCUAUACAAAUGGAUUCACUGGAGUUGGCCCACCAGGUCCUCCAGGAGAACGUGGGUCACCAGGAAAUAAAGGAAAUAAAGGAGUACAGGGUCCCCCUGGACCAGAUGCUCAGACACAGCUAUUAGAGUUAUUUGGCUCUUUUGGACAAAAAGGGGAAAAGGGGAUGAAAGGUGCCACUGGGGAACCUGGUAUCCCAGCCUCAGUGCCUGGAUCUCCUGGCUUGGAUGGCAAACCUGGACCACCUGGGCCACCUGGACCAAAGGGAUCAUGGAGUGUGGUUUACAAAGGACCUAUAGGGCCAGAUGGAGGUCCAGGAAAUGCUGGAGCAAAAGGACAAAAAGGUGACCAUGGACAUUGUGAGUGCACUUUGCAAACCUCCCUUCCUGGACCACCUGGCCCAGCUGGCAAUCAGGGUGACCCUGGCACAGUGGGCGAGUGGGGUCAGCAGGGUGAUCAAGGAGACCAGGGACCCAGAGGCUUAACUGGUCUGCACGGCUUUCCUGGGCCACAAGGGCUGCCUGGACUUAAAGGCUCUAAGGGAGAUAGAAUAGAGGUUACAGAGAAAGGAUCACCUGGAGAACGAGGAGACCCAGGGAGACCAGGCGAACAAGGAGAUCAGGGCAGACCUGGGACUAAUGGAAUAGAUGGUGCCCCUGGAUUUCGUGGUCUUCCUGGAGAAAAGCCAGUUGGUGAGCGUGGAGAGAAGGGUUACCCAGGCAGGCCAGGUCCACCAGGUCCACCAGGACUAGAAGGGGUACCAGGUCAAGUAAUUGAUGCACCUAAGGGUGUUAAGGGUAUACCUGGUGAUGCAGGAUUAAAUGGUUAUGAUGGAAUCAGAGGUCCACCGGGUACUUCAGGAGACUGUAGGCUACAAGGAGAAGGAGGCAAAUGGAUUACAGCAGGGGAUUGUGCAAUUUUAUCUGGACCCCCAGGAGAGACAGGACCCUCAGGACCUCCUGGAUUGGAGGGAAUGCCAGGACUACCUGGGCCCAAAGGAUUUACAGGCGAUAGAGGCAAUAUAGGAGCUAAAGGAGAACAAGGAGACCAGGGCAUUGGAGGCUCACCUGGAAACACAGGUUUUAUUGGGCCUCGUGGAGACAUAGGCAGUACUGGACCAAAAGGUGUCAAAGGUUCUUCUGGCAUCCCAGGUAGGCCAGGGCUUGAUGGUGAUUCUGGACAAAAGGGUCCUAAUGGUGAAGCUUUAGGAGCAUCUCCAGGACCCCCAGGUGAACGAGGACCACCAGGACAGCUCGGGAUAAAAGGUCCCCCUGGAAAUCCUGGCACAAGCGGAUACCCAGGCAUGGAGGGAAUGCCUGGGAUGAUUGGGAUCAAAGGUGAAUCAGGUCCCCCAGGAUUACAGGGGGAAACAGGAAGCUCUGGACUACCAGGAACAUUUGGCUUCCCUGGGAACCCUGGUCAGACAGGACACCCUGGACCUCCAGGCCACACUGGACUACCAGGGCUGAGGGGAGAAACAGGCAAUCGAGGAGAUGGUGGUCCCCCAGGGUCCAUAGGAGUGAAGGGUGUCACAGGAGAACCAGGAAGCGAUGGUAGGCCAGGAGAUUAUGGAGCACGAGGGGAUCCAGGAGGCACUGGAUAUGUUGGGCGAACUGGUCUUUCUGGACCUAAAGGUGUGAAAGGGUAUGCAGGCAUGACAGGUUUCCCAGGAAUGACAGGAAAGCCUGGUCUAAAGGGCCGUCCAGGACAGCAAGGGGUGGUAGGAGUACCAGGGAGACAAGGAGAGAAAGGAGGCAUGGGCCAACAGGGACAAAAAGGUGAAAGAGGAGUUAUGGGCCCACCAGGUAACAUGCCCAUGACAGAAAUGAUACGUAUGAAAGCCGUUAUGAAGGGUGCAAAAGGUGACCAUGGACAUCAAGGACAUCCAGGUUUCACUGGGCCUCGAGGCACCAAAGGUAGGGAAGGGUUUCCAGGAAAAGACGGGUCUCAUGGAUUACCCGGGCUCCCCAGCAAUCUAAAAGGUCUGAAAGGACAGCCUGGAGCUCAGGGACUUCCUGGCCAGAAAGGAAUGCCAGGCCCUACAGGAUUCCCAGGAAUUCAUGGAUUUUUUGGACCAAGCGGACCUAGGGGGGACAAAGGUUCACCAGGUGCUUAUGGAGCAACAGGAAAUGUUGGAAGCAAGGGGAUUAAAGGUGACCAGGGUGACAUUAUCGAUCUCCCAGGACCUACAGGAUCCAGAGGGGAAACUGGGCUACCUGGACCUUUAGGUGACAAUGGUUACCCAGGUGAGCCUGGAAUUAGAGGAAGUUCUGGAUUUGAUGGUAUCAAAGGAAGUAAAGGGGCUCACGGUGAACCUGGAAGACAAGGGCCAUCAGGUGCUGAUGGCCUAAAGGGCGUUCCAGGAGACCAGGGCUCUAAGGGCUGGCCAGGAGCGCCAGGACAGGCAGGGGUGCCCGGUAGACCAGGCCAUCCAGGACAAAUAGGUUUUCCUGGCCUUGAUGGAAUUUCAGGGUUGUAUGGCCUGAAAGGUCAAAAAGGCCCUCAAGGUGUUGCAGGUCUUGACAAUUGGGGUAUACCAGGCGAGGAUGGACAAAAAGGAGAAACAGGAGAUGCAGGUAUUCCCAACACAGAGACUGGGGCCCCUGGAGCUCAUGGGUUUAAAGGUUCAACAGGAGAUCGAGGUGAUUAUGGUGAACCAGGCCCUCCAGGAGAUCAAGGGCCUCCAGGAGAUCAAGGAAUUCCUGGCAGAAAGGGUCCAUCAGGGGACACAGGGCUUCUUGGUCAAAAAGGUCUUCCAGGCUUUCCUGGAGCCACUGGUCUUCCAGGUUUUCCAUCUCCAUUUGGAGCUAAAGGAGAUCGCGGCAUUCAAGGGAAUAUCGGACACUCAGGACCAAAAGGACUACAGGGGGACAUAGGAGACAAAGGAUUUCCUGGACAGUUUGGUGUGCCCGGAGAAAAAGGUAUAAAGGGACCCAUGGGAACCAUGGGCGUUCCAGGACCACGUGGUUCACAAGGUGAUAGAGGCCUUUCUGGACCUAAAGGAGAGCCUGGACCACCAGGCCCGCCUGGCCCCCAUGGUGCUAAAGGACUCCCUCCAACUCCUGUAAAGGUGCCAGGGGAGAGAGGACCCCCUGGUGCACUUGGUAUACAAGGACUACAAGGAGCGAGAGGGGAGAUCGGCUCUAUGGGACCCCCUGGAGAUCCAGGGUAUGUGGGACCACAGGGGCAAAAGGGGAUGCCAGGGGUCCCUGGAAUACCAGGAACACCAGGUGACCGUGGGGAUGUUGGUCCAAUGGGACACCGGGGCCUUCAGGGCCUAGAAGGAGACCCUGGCCGUACUGGUAUUCCUGGUCCCACUGGUAUGCCUGGACGCAGUGUCAGUGUUGGGUACCUCCUGGUGAAACACAGUCAGUCUGAACACACACCAAUGUGCCCUGUGGGAAUGUCCAAGCUGUGGGAUGGCUAUAGCUUGCUUUACUUUGAAGGUCAAGAGAAAGCACAUAAUCAAGAUCUUGGUCUGGCAGGCUCUUGUCUCCGUCGUUUCAACACCAUACCAUUCCUGUAUUGCAAUCCUGGUGACAUAUGCUACUAUGCUAGUCGCAAUGACAAGUCCUAUUGGCUCUCUACAACUGCCCCAAUUCCCAUGAUGCCUGUAGAAGAGUCAGAAAUAAAGCCCUAUAUCAGCCGCUGUUCAGUGUGUGAAGCUCCAUCUGUGGCUAUAGCUGUGCACAGUCAGGAUACAACUAUCCCACAAUGCCCUGCAGGCUGGAGAAGCUUAUGGAUUGGCUACUCUUUCCUCAUGCAUACAGCAGCGGGAGAUGAAGGAGGUGGUCAGUCUCUGGUGUCUCCAGGCUCGUGUCUUGAGGAUUUCCGCACCACUCCCUUUAUUGAGUGUAAUGGAGCUAAGGGUACCUGUCACUACUUCUCUAACAAGCACAGUUUCUGGCUGACAUCCAUUGACCAGCCCUUCCACAGUUUCCCCGAGUCUGAGACUCUCAAGGCAGGACAGCUGCUCUCGCGCAUCAGUCGCUGCCAAGUCUGCAUGAAGAACCUGUGACUUGUAUGAACUUUGAAUUGAAAGUGUGGCCAUUUUUGUGUGCAGUCCAGUACAGAAUGCCAAGGUAAGCUGUAAAGGUCACCCAGAAAUCACAGUAACUUAAGUUCAUAAACCAAACAGGAUUUUUGAAAUAAAGUUUAUUAACAGAUUCUAAUCACAUAAAUUAUAUACUGCAUACCUUUACUCCACCAUGGAUGACCCUCAGUUUUACUUCAUUACUAUGUACCCCCCACCCCAUGAGCCAAAGGACUGAAGAUAUGUACAUGUGUUGAGAAGAGAAGUUAAAGAAGCAUGAAAAGCUUAGAAUUUUUUUUAACCUUUACUCAUGUUAGAUUUGAAAUGGUGCUUUUCCUAACUUAUUACCUCACUCAUCAGCGUGAUUUGUGUAUUUGAUAUUACCAAGUACAUCAUACAGCAGAACCAAAGACGCCCAUGUUAAUGCACUGCUUCUCUUAUAUUCAUCUAUGUAUGACACUUCCUGUAGCUAUUAGAACGUCUCCAUGUGAUUUAUACAACAGCCAACUGCUUUACACUAUAAACUAUAUGCUUUGUGUUGGAACAAUACAACUGCCUGAGUGACACCUCAAAGUGUUGCUUUACUUAUGUUUUAAUCAUGAGUUUAUCAUCAGGUAAUGAACUCUGUUUUACUAACACUGUUCUCCAACUGAACAUUUCUUUUGUGGAGAAGGUUUUGCACUUAAAAUACAGUAUGUUAUCAUUAUAUUAUGAAUAUGUACCUUUUUACAGAACAGAGAGCCAUUUCUCUGAUUUGCAGACCACAAGCUAAAGCACUGCAAUGUGGAGUUCAGAACAUCUUGUCUUAUUGAACAAGGAUUGUGGAUUAAUUUGUUUUUGUUUCACAGACUGCACUGAUUUUACAUAAUGAUAGUUGUCCAACUAUUUGAUUUUUUUUUUUCUUGCACAGCAAAGACAUAGGCUCAUUGCUUGCUUACUACAGGAAUUCCUUCUUAAAAUCUGAUAUUUAAUAAUUAAUAGACCAGAUUCAUCAGGUGAAUGACCACAUUUGUACUUUGCUCAACCAUGCAUACAACGUGCCUUCUCAGUUUUAUGAGUUUUAUCUGAUCAUAAACAGGUAAAAGGAGAUUAAACAAUGGAUUGUUGCAUUGAACGUUAACAAGUUACCAAUGUAUUUAUGUGGAAUAUAUUUUUGGAUCAUGUUCUGAAUGAUUGUGACUGUAACCAUUACUGAACAACAAAUUAAAUGCUUCUGUUUGUUA